ACCAGCGAUAGAGACCAGUUAUUGCGAAACUCACAUUCGCAAGACGACGGAGUUUCAUUCUCGAAAAAAAAUUUCAUUGGGAAUUUAAUAAUUUAAUAGGGGUGUAUUUUUUUCGGCAAGUCGAGGGCUGAUGAAGUGACGCGAUAUCGACGUUUUCCCGGGGUGAUGCUGUGGGGGUUGAAAUCCCCUAGAUUGACGGGUGCUUCGUUAAAAUCCGGUUGUUUAUUUAUUCAGGAAGAGGAGACAGCUGUGGAGUCGAGUUGGAGGAGUGGAUAACGAGACUAGAUGUGCCACUGAGAGGAGGCCUGAUAAGAACAUACCUGAUUGUCUUGGGGUAUCCAGGAUCAGGAGAUCACUCCUCAUAUCCAGGAUGGCCUGCUGCGGGUGUGUCGAUGACGGCUCCAAGGUUGAGCCUGGGACGUCUGAUCAGGAGGAGCCAUCACUGGGACAGGAUGAAAAAGUUUUUACCCAGGACAGAUCGUGCACUGAUCUCGCUGCACUCAUUAUUCUCAUCGUGCUCGUCGGUGGAUUUGGAUUCUUCAUGACCACUGCCAUCAGGCGAGGUGAUCCCCACCGUGUGGUAAAUGGAUAUGACGAUUGUGCCAACGUCUGCGGACGUAUUACACCAUCCGAGACAAAUCCCGAAUUCAGUUGCAAAGGCGCUGACAUGAGAGAUCGAAAGUAUCUCCAUGUGACAGUGGGUGCCAAUGGUGUCAAAAGCCGGAUGUGUGUGUCAAAUUGCAGUAGCUUCGGUGACCAGAUCCAGUUCCUCAACCGUUGCAUCCCAAAAAAGGUAUCAACCAGUGCUAAUUCGGUAUUGAAAACUCUGGGAUUGGAGAGUUUUUUUAACGAAGCAUCUAGCGAUCUUAACAUCGCUUGGCGUGAAUUAAUCUAUCUCCUGCUAAUUGCUCUAGCAAUAUCCCUCGGUAUUCUGAUAGCUUUCCGAUACAUCGUAUCGUACGUAAUUUACAUCGUUCUCAGUGGCUCAGUUGUCGUCUCCAUCGGGGGAACAAUUUAUCUCUGGUUCGCUUGGUAUCAGGAGAAUAAAGCUGUUAAAACGGGUAAAAUACAUGUGGACGAUUCCAGUGUAACGCCGUAUCUCAUUUAUGCUAUUCUCAUGACAAUUGUUGCUGUCGUCACGAUACUAGUUGUUCUCGUUAUGAGAAAAAGAAUAGCUCUUGUGGUGCAACUCUUUCGAGAAGCCGGUAAAGCCGUUUAUUCGAUGCCAGCGUUACUUCUUCAACCCAUUUACACGUAUCUUCUCAUUGGUUUAUCCUUUGUUGCUUGGGCUUACUGUGUACUCUGGAUCGAGAGCGCUGGGGAACUCUACAAAAAUAGGAAGAAUCAUCUGCAUUAUAAGAAGGAUGCAGUACUUGUGACUGCCAGGUGGUACAAUCUCUUUCUGUACUUCGUAAUGGCUGAAUUUUAUCUCGGCUGUCAACACAUUGUGGUAGCGGGUGCUGUAGCCCGAUGGUUUUUCACGAGGGAUAAAAAACGACUGUCACUGCCAGUGACACGCAGUACAUGCUGUUUGCUGCGAUUUCAUCUGGGUACAGUGGCAUUCGGUGCCAUGAUCAUUGGUAUUGUGAGAUUACUCCGUGCCAUCGUAGCAUUCAUUCAGAAUAGACUGAAGGGAUAUGAUAAUAACUGUGUUCAUGGAAUUCUAUGGUGCUGUCAGGGGUGCAUAUGGUGCUUUGAGUGUUGUCUCAAAUUUCUCACGAGAAACGCUUAUAUCGAGACUGCAAUUUACGGAUGCAGUUUUUGCACCGGUGGAAAAAAAGCAUUUCGUGCACUCUCUGAUAAUAUUUUGAGGGUAGCUGCUAUCAAUACCAUUGGAGAUUUCGUCCUAUUUUUGGGAAAGGUACUCGUUGUUGCUCUCACUGUUCUCUGUGGAGUUUAUCUUAUACAGAAAAAAGAGGGACUGCAUCAUCCCUGGGUGCCGAUAGCCAUCGCUGGAGUGUUCGCCUUCCUCGUCGCCCACUGUUUCAUUUCCAUCUACGAGAUGAUCAUCGACACGAUUUUCCUUUGCUUCUGCGAGGAUUGCGCCAGGAACGACGGAAUUAAUCGUCCGUAUUUCAUGAGCCGUGGUCUGAUGGAAUUCGUGGAGAACAGCAAGAAGGCGCUAAUGCACCUAGAAAGUCAGCCAUCUAGUCCCAUAUGAAUAAUCUACUCUUCGAGAUUGCAGUUAAUCAAAGAAGUACUCAAAAGACUGGAUGAUAAGUGUAUUUCCGGUAAUUGCACUCGAAUUGCGUCAAUUCCACAGUAAUUCAGUGCCCAAUUAAUGCAAUGACAUUCGUCCGGUACUGAUCACCAUGUCACAGCGCACAAACUACUCUCAGCUUCCUCAUUACAAAUAUUUUCCAUAAUUCCGUGAUAGCAAAAUAAUGAAUUACCUAGUGAUGUACGCGAGUGAAUUACGUGAAAUAAUUUUUUUCCAAUUAAUUGCUAUUUUCAUAAUUGUAUCAGCUAAUUGAAAUGCAAAUUUCUUAACUUCCAUCGAUUACACACGAAUAUUAUUCCUCCGUGUCCUUCCCAUUUUUUGCCGAGAUUCAUUUAAGCGCUUCAACUAUUUUUGUACCGAUUCGUAUAUUCUAUCAGUAUUAUGUAAAUUAUGUAAGACUUACCUGAUGUGGAAUGAUAAAUACACGAGUUACGAGAACA